GAUAGUGAGGCAAUGUUCUCCAACUUCCUCUCCAUCUCAAUGGCUGUUGAACCUCCAUUUUUCGAGAAAUACAAGGCCAUCCUCCAGAGCUCUGCUGAAAUGGAGAAAUUUCCCAUGGUUGAAGUCUGUGAGGAAAUUGAGCUGCCUCUGAUUGAUCUCAGUGGUUUGAAUCUUGGACCAUUUGAGAGGCAAAAGUGCAUAGAACAGAUGGCUGAAGCUUCUAGUGAAUGGGGUUUCUUUCAAAUUGUGAAUCAUGGGAUUCCUGAAGAGCUUCUAGACAGGUUGAAAAGUGAGCAGAUGAAGGUGUUUCAUCGGCCUUUUGACAAGAAGGCUGGGAAGAACUUUCUGAAUUUAUCAGCUCAAAGCUAUCGAUGGGGGAACCCUCUGGCUACUAGCUUGAGGAACCUCUCUUGGUCAGAAGCAUUGCAUAUAUCCCUCAAAGAUGUUUCGAGAAUGGAUGAAAGCAAUAAGCUCAGGUUAACCAUUGAAGAGUAUGCUACAAAAGCUAAUUUACUGGCUCAAAGAUUGGCUGAAUGUUUAGCUCAAAAUUUGGGUAUCAAACCAAAUUAUUUCCAAGAGAACUGUUCACCGAGCUCUAGUUCUCUUCGAAUGAAUAGAUAUCCUCCUUGUCCAUACUCCUCCAGGAUGUUUGGCAUUAUCCCUCACACUGAUACUGAUUUCCUCACCAUUUUAUCCCAAGACCAGGUAGGGGGAUUGCAACUGAAGAGAGAUGGAAGAUGGGUUAGCGCUAAACCCAAUCCAAAUGCCCUAGUUAUCAACAUUGGUGACUUGUUUCAGGCACUGAGUAAUGGCAUGUACGAGAGCAUUACUCACCGAGUGGUUGCCAAUCAAGAGGUUGAAAGGUACUCUAUGGCAUACUUCUACUGCCCCACCUACGAAACUGUAAUAGAAAGCUGCAGCAAGCCAGCUUUAUACAGAAACUUUAACUUCAAAGAGUAUAGAGAGCAAAUCGGGAAGGAUGUAAAAGCUACUGGGGAUAAAGUAGGCCUUUCUAGGUUUCUUUUGUGAAGGGGAAUGCCUUGUAAGCUGCUGCAUUCCAUGACAGCUUAGCCACAGUGCUUAUGAAAAUAAUUGUAUGUGGGAUUCAACUACUCAUUUGGCUGUUGUUGUUUGAACAUUUUCUGCAAGAAGAAUAAAGUAUA